GUCGGCGAGUGAGAACCUUCUAUGUGUUGGUUCCAGACAGCCAAUAGUCCCUCGUCUAUAGACUCCACAGAAUGUCAUUUAAUGCUGGAUAUUAGAAGUUGUGGCAGAACUUGUACGGUACUUAACAGUUCAUGAAUACUUGGGGAGGGGGGCGGUGGGGUGCCUCUGUUAGCUUGAGAAACAGAAGAAACUGUGAGUGAUUUUGAAGACGAAAGAAAAUUGGUUAGGAAAGAUUCAUAAUAUAAUUUAAUAAACUAACGGGUCUCCAACGUGAUAGCAAGAGCAAAGCGAAAGCAGCUGCAACAAGAAGAAAGAUGACGGCACUGAGGUUCUUGGCGUUCGUAGUGAUGCUGCUGAUGCUGGCCAGGUUUACAGGAGCCACCAACAUCUACUUGCGUUACGACCAGAACAACUUCGAGGACAUCACCGCCAGUUCCGGGUUCCAGGUGACGCCUUAUUCCUCCAUCGACCCCUCCUACAAGGUGGACGUUCCCCCUGGCGGUAGAGACAGCGGAGGAGCGUUUAUCUUCGACCUUCAUGAUUACACUUGCACGAAGAACAUCGUUGUUAACCUGCAGAAAAAUCUCAUCAUUCGCUUCUCGUACUGGUGUGACCCGACAGAAUCAGAGCUCUAUAUAAAGACCAAGUGUAACUAUUACUCACAGACUAAUCUAUGUGGUAAAGAGCACCCGGAAAGGUACGGCAAGUGGAACCAGACCGUCUGGCUACAAAACUGCUCCCCUAUGGAUGGUGUCAGCGUCAAUAUAUGCGGGACAGGCAAAGAAACUGGCCACGCUGUUGGACUCGAAUACAUUGAAGUCCUCGCUGAUGACUCGACAGCACCACCCACGUCCACAACUCCUGAAGUAACAACUACUACAACUGAAGUAACAACCACUACAACUCCUGAAGCAACAAUUACUACAACUGAAGUAACAACUACCACAUCUGAAAUAACAACUACCACAACUCCUGAAAUAACAACUAUCACAACUCCUGAAGUAACAACUACUACAACUGAAGUAACAACUACCAGUCCUGAAGUAACAACUACGACAACUGAAGUAACAACUACCACAUCUGAAAUAACAACUACCACAACUCUACCAAAACAACUAUCCACAACUCCUGAAGUAACAACUACUACAACUGAAGUAACAACUACCACAACUCCUGAAGUAACAACUACGACAACUGAAGUAACAACUACCACAACUCCUGAAGUAACAACUACUACAACUGAAGUAACAACUACCACAUCUGAAAUAACAACUACCACAUCUGAAAUAACAACUACCACAUCUGAAAUAACAACUACCACAACUCCUGAAAUAACAACUACCACAACUCCUGAAGUAACAACUACUACAACUGAAGUAACACUCCUGGAAGCAACCACCACAACUCCUGAAGUAACAACUACUACAAAUGAAGUAACAACUACUACAACUCCUGAAGCAACAACUACUACAACUCCUGAAGCAACAACUACUACAACUCCUGAAGCAACAACUACUACAACUCCUGAAGCAACAACUACCACAACUCCUGAAGUAACAACCACCACAGCUCCUGGAGUAACAACUACUACAAAUGAAGUAAGAACUACUACAAAUGAAGUAACAACUACUACAACUGCUGAAGUAACAACUACUACAACUCCUGAAGUAAAAACCACCACAACUCCUGAAGCAACAACUCCUGAAGUAACAACUACUACAACUCCUGAAGUAACAACCACUACAACUCCUGAAGCAACAACUACUACAACUCCUGAAGUAACAACUACUUCAACUCCUGAAGCAACAACUACCACUACUCCUGAAGUAACAACGACUACAACUGAUGAAGCAACAAUUUCUUCAACUCCUAUAACUACAACUCUUAAGGAAUCUACCACAACCAGAGACGUCACUACCACAAUUCCUUACGUUACCACCAGCACCUCCCUCGUCACCACCACCAUCGCCCCAUGUAGAAGUAUUUGGUGUGUUCUUGGUCUCACGAAACAGCAGUUUAUUGUGGUCUGUCUCUCCUGCUGUCUACUGCUGUUGCUGCUGUUACUACUACUGCUGUUGCUGGCCUGUCGGAGGCGCCAAAGGAGGGUAUUCGUCAAGGUACUCGGUGAAUCAGGCAGGAGGAGGGAGGGGCCGACCUCCAAACACCUUACUAGUAGUAGUAGAUCUCCGGCCUCCAGCACCACCACACUACCCUGGCUCCCUCGGGUCUCCACAGUCAACAGAGGGAUGAGAGAGGUAAGUCAAAAUCUCCAGCAAGAGAUUGAAGAUUUCAGAGUCAGGCAGCCAGCACCAAGGCAUGACGAGGUCUUCUAUUCCCACCACGGACACGUACAGACGUUAUAUCGCACCCAAGGAAAUAGCACCAUGACUCCUCUGCAUGUCGGAUGGGCGGUUGAAGAGGACGUACACGGCGUCCGAGCUAAUAGCAGCUACGUCGACAAUUCUCGUGGUAAUAGCAGCUACGUCGACAACUCUCGUGGUAAUAGCAGCUACGUCGACAAUUCUCGUGGUAAUAGCAGAUAUGUCGACAACUCACGUGGUAAUAGCAAGUAUGUCGACAGAUCUCGUCCCGAUAACAGCUACGUCGACAAUGCUCGGUCAAUACCAAUCAAUCGUACUCAAAAUCCACAUAGAUCUCGGGCUUACACUGAUUGGCAGCAGUAGAGGAUCAGUAAGUGGAUAAAGUAGAUUACUUACAUUUGAUUAUAAAAGAGAGAGAGAGAGAGAGAGAGAGAGAGAGAGAGAGAGUAUGAGUAUUGUAAGUCAUAUUUUUCUAUCCUUUAUCAGUUAAGAUUAAUAUAAACAUGUUUGUAAAGUUGUAAAUAUGGAAGUUGUAAUAAAAUAAAUUA